AUGGACAUGAGUUGGAUGUUAAUUUCUGAUAGAUUUAGUCAGCCAUAUGUAGAUGGGGUGAACUCAUUUAUUGAAUUUGCAAAGGUUCAUUUGGGUGAGGCUAGGGAGAUUAAGUGCCCAUGCAUCAAUUGUUGUAACUUUUAUAAGCAGGAGUAUGAUAUUGUGAAGGCUCAUUUGCUCAUAAGUGGGAUGAUAGUAUCAUACACCACAUGGUUAGAACACGGUGAACUUCCAGAAAACAAUAACCUUGAUGAAAGCAAUGGGGAGAAUGAUGAGGAUAAAGAAGAAUAUGAUGAACUGAUAGAAGACUAUCAAAGGGGGAAUUUUAUGGAGGGUGAUACUCUAGAAAGAGAGGAUAUGCUACAUGUGAAGGUAGAAAAUCGGUGGAGCAAUAAGUCUUUUGACAAGGUUUUGGAGAUACAAAGGCGAUUCCUACCAGAAGGCCACGUGGUGCCAGGGUCAAUUUACGAGUGCAAGAAGUUACCACGUGACUUGGGCUUGGGGUACGAGCUCAUCGAUGCAUGUAAACAUGAUUGUGUACUAUUCUGGAAGGAGAAUGCUCACUUGGAAAAAUGUCCCACAUGUCAAGCAUCUAGGUAUAGAGUAAAUGAUAGCAAGGGUAAGAAGAUCCCUCACAAGAUAUUGCAUUACUUCCCAUUGACACCUAGGUUGAGAAGAUUGUACAUGUCUAGAAAGACGGCAAAAGACAUGAGAUGGCAUAGUGAUAAGCGUGUGGAUGAUGGUGUAGGGAGGCAUCCGGCUGAUUGUAAAGAGUGGAAGGAAUUUGAUUUGCAUUAUCCAGAGUUUUCCCAGGAGACUCGCAAUGUUAGGUUGGGCCUAGCCACCGAUGGGUUCAAUCCUUUUGGGAACAUGAGCACUUCCUAUAGUAUGUGGCCUGUCAUACUCAUGCCCUAUAACCUCCCACCUUGGAGAUGUAUGAAGGCCCCAUUUUUCAUGAUGUCCUUACUUAUUCCUGGACGUAAUCAACCAGGGACUAAUAUUGAUGUCUACCUAAGGCCAUUGAUUGAUGAGUUGAAGGAGUUGUGGGAGAAUGGUGUGAUGGCUUACGAUGCCUCUAUUGAACAGACCUUCCGGAUGCAUGCAGCUAUAAUGUGGACCAUAAAUGACUUCCCUGCAUAUGGUGACUUAUCUGGAUGGAGAACUAAAGGUUAUUUGUCUUGCCCUCCUUGUAAUGAUAAUCUGUUGUCACGCGGGUUGAUCAGUAAGAUUGGGUGGGUGGGUCAUCAAGCUUACUUGCCUGAUAACCACCUUUGGUGGAAAGACAAGAAGUUUGAUGGUUUAAUUGAGUUUAGAAAGAAAUCCUUGGAUUUAUCGGUGGAAAAAGUAAUGGCUCAAUUGGAUCAAUUGCGGGAAGUCAAGUUUGGAAAGGAUCCUACCAACAAGAAAAGAUCACGAGAGUUUGAAGAAUUGAAUUGGACAAAGAAAAGUAUAAUGUGGGAGCUACUGUAUUGGAAGAAAUUAAACCUUCGACACAAUCUUGAUGUCAUGCACAUUGAGAAGAAUAUUUGUGAAAACUUUUACGGGACGAUGUUGGCCAUAGAUGGGAAAAACAAGGACACGUACAAAGCACGUGAUGAUUUGCAAGAAAUAGGCAUAAGACAAGAAUUGCAUCUACAGAGGAAAGAUAACGGAUCCGUUGUAAAGCCUCGGGCAACCUACACAUUGGAUUCUCGACAAAUAGAUGGUUUUUGUGAAUUCUUGAAGUCUAUUAGUUAUCCAGAUGGCUAUGCAGCAAACAUCUCAAGAUGUGUGACUUCUAAAAAUGGAAGAUUAUCGGGCAUGAAAAGCCAUGAUUGUCAUGUCCUACUUCAGAGACUUCUACCAAUUUGGCAUGCGUGGUUUUGUGAACAAGGAGAUCUAUACAACACUAUUUGA